AUGCAAUUCACUUACAUUACUUUGGCCGUUAUCGCCCUCUUCGGCAGCGCCUUCGCUGGCUACGCUACUCCUUAUGGUGGCAGUUCUUACAACGCCCCUUCUUACGGCGCCCCUUCUUAUGCCGCCCCCGUCUAUGCCCCCGAGGCUGCUGAAGCUGCCGCCGCUGCCAUCACCGACAUUGCUGCCGCCAAGGCUUCCGCUGCCAAAAUCGAUGAAGUGAACUUCCGUGCUCUCCACAACUACGGUCAUCAAAUUGGUGUCCCUCUAUUGGUCCGUCCCUAUGGUCCCUUGACCCCAUUGUACUCUGCUUUGGCCCCCAAGCGCAGUUUUGUUGGAACAAUCGACUCAGGCUUCUUCAAAGACUCCUACGGCAAGGUUAAAUUCCGUGAUGAAACCGCCGUCGGUGCUCUCGCCCUCUAAGUUGCUCUUAUAGAUCCUUAUCGCAUGCAUCCUGUGCUGUGAUCAAUUAUUUG